CGAGAGCGGAGCCCCAGCGCGGAGAAACCGCCUCUGCCCGGCAGAGGUAUUGCCAGGCAUCUGAAGUGGUCGACUAAGGCCUAAGGAUUUGGAACAGUGGUGUGUGAUGUCAAACAGUGGGCAGUCCUUGUAGCCUCCCCCACCAGCCUUCAGUGUCAUGUGCCAGUAUGAAUAUUGAGAAAGAAAAGCAUACUUCAGAGCUCAGCAUCCCAGAAAGAAAAAAGGAGGAACUAAACAGAGAGAGCAAAUGAUUGCACUGCUUGCAAGACUUGAGGCUGUUCACUUUUUCUCCUGAGAAGCUUCAUCUUGCCCUUUUGAGAGAGUCGAGAAAGUUGGCAGACCAGCCGCAGUGAUUCUCUUAGGGUCCUUUUUUCCCUUCUUUCUUUUUUUUUUUUUUUUUUUUUUAAUUUAAUACUUCCUCCCUUGUGUCUGGACUUGAAGCGUGCAAGCACUGGACCACCAAUAUGUGUCAUGUCAUUGUGACGUGCCGGUCGAUGCUGUGGACUCUGCUGAGCAUCGUGGUGGCUUUCGCGGAGCUCAUUGCCUUCAUGAGUGCGGACUGGCUGAUCGGCAGAGCAAAGCCCUCCGGCCCCGAGGAGGUGGACAACAGGACGGGGGCGCCGCAGGAGCCCUACCGUCCCACGCUGGGCAUCUACGGGCGCUGCACCAGGAUCUCCCACAUGCAGUUCUCCAGGAGAGACACGCUUUGUGGUCCCUACGCUGAAAACUUCAGUGAGAUUGCCAGUGGGUUCUGGCAGGCAACCGCUAUUUUCCUGGCCAUGGGAAUCAUGAUCCUCUGCACCGUGGCAUUUGUGUCUGUCUUUACUAUGUGUGUGCAGAGUAUUAUGAAGAAGAGCAUUUUUAACGUCUGUGGGCUGCUACAAGGGAUUGCAGGGCUCUUCCUUAUCUUAGGCUUGAUACUUUACCCUGCAGGUUGGGGAUGCCAGAAGGCGAUAAGCUAUUGUGGACCUUAUGCUUCUGCUUACAAACUAGGAGACUGCUCCUUGGGCUGGGCUUUCUACACAGCUAUUGGCGGCACGGUUCUGACGUUCAUCUGUGCAGUCUUCUCGGCACAAGCGGAAAUAGCCACAUCCAGUGACAAAGUGCAAGAAGAAAUAGAAGAAGGAAAAAACCUUAUCUGCCUCCUUUAACUCCAGUAGGGAAAAAAUACCAGCACCUGGAUCUUUAUCUGCAGAUCCAUUUACCUGUUUUUUGCCAUUUGUGUGGUUGAGCCCUAUGCAUUCCAGCCCUGAACUACUGAAAGGGUCUUUCUUCUUUGCUGAGCAAUGAGGAUCAGAGAAAGGGUCCCAAGAAAGCAGAAUGUAAAUACUUGGGGAUAUUUUUAGUUUCAUUCUGUGAUCAGGACACAGUGGAAUAUAUUAAUCCGACUGGGGAUGUGAGUAAUCACAUGUAUAUAGCAGGAAUGUUGUUAAAACAGACAAAUUCUGAUUGAUCGGAUUGCCUAACCCACCUUGGUCACUUUGAAGAAUUUGGGUUUAAAAUAAUAAAAACCAGCACAUUUGUUCUUCCUUUUCUUAAGCAAAAGAGAAGCCUAUUUUAAUGAGGCUUUGUUUCCAAGGGCUCCCCUCACUGGUGAAUAUUUCUUCGUCAUCACCUGGUUUGGUACCAUUUUCAUGGAGGUGCUUUUUGGUACUGAACUUCCUGGAAAGUACAGUGCCUUCCUGGAUAUUAACUCUAUGUUGGAGAGGGCAAAGCUGAUGUUUACACCAAGCUUUAGGCAUCUAGAAAGUCAAGUCCCUGCCAGGUUUCUCUCUCUUGAAACUUAGAGUGCAAGGUGUGUAAAACUUGUUACUUAGCAGGUAAAUAUUGUUUUCACUGACUAGACAGAGAAGCUGUUGUUAGACUGGCUCUCACCUGAUUCAGAUAAAACUGAAAUAUUUCUACAGCCUUUAUUAAAAAUUCUGAAGUUGCAAGCAGACAACAGCUUCCCACAGCAUCAGUCUUACCUGGGCUGCAGCCUCUCCUAGAACUAUUUCACAUUACACUUCAACAGUGUUACUUUUUCCUCUCCUCAGUGAAACAUCAUUCCCAGUCUACAGAUUUGUCUGGUCUGAUGACCUAGACACACAUGAGUAUUUAGGAAAUUAAAAAUUUUCAGGAAGCCUUGAUGAAAUCUAUGUGGCUGGGAAGAUACUUGUUGUUUUGUUGGGUUUUUUUCUUUUGUGUGUGUGUGCGCCUAGUAGUAGUAGACCUUUUUCCAACUAAAUCAGCAGAACUUAAACAGACCUUGCCACAAAUGCCUUUUUUUUUUUUUUUUUUUCUCAAAGCCAGCUGGUUGUGUUAUUUGUGGUGCUGCUUCACCUGCUAGAACUACUUCUGAUACCAAACAAAGGAAUGAUGAAACUGUGCCAUAGGAGCAUUGGGGAUAAUUCAUCCAAGAAGUAGUUCUAAUGAAAUACUAGGUGAAGUUUAGAUUCCUUUUCUUAUUUCUUAGUAGUUUAACAUCAUGCAAUGACAGUGUUGCUUCACUAUUACACAGAGCAGAGACUGUUUUUGCCUGGUCUGUCCCUUAAGAUGUGCCAUUAAGUUAUUAAAAAUCGCUGUUACAGUCCAGGUAGGUAGCUGCUUUCAAGGCACUGCUGACGUGCUUCACAACACAAGAGCUGCUCAGGAGUCCUGACGGCGGGCCCGGAGCAGCCUGGAGGACAGGUGAAGUCACGGAGCUGGGCUCCCCAUGCAGCGCCCGCUGCCCACCAGACACAGAGCAGCUCCCAGCCUGUGCCUCUGUGCCCAUGGCACCUGCAGCCUGCGUGCUGGACACACACACAGGUGAUCUCUGAGACGCAGUGCAACGUGGUCCACUUCUGUAUUCAAAAAGGGAUGGUUUUAACCUAGUCUCUCCUUGCAUUCACCUGCCCCUGCAACCCACAUCCACCAUCUUCUGCUUUAAAACAGGUAACUCACUGUUAUUUUAAAUAUUGAAUUUAAAUCCUCUCCAAAAGUUAUGGUCUGGGACCAACUGCCUGCACAAAUCAAGAUUUUAAUAAAGCAAAAUAACCAGCACAAAGCAGUGCCUGAGGGUGAAAAUCACAGCCCACACACCCUGUCCACACCUGUGUUUGUCUCGUGGGCUCUGCCCCACACACACCCCCAAGACCUGAAGAACAUGCACCGAGCUUGCACCUGGGGUCCAGCCAGGCUUCCUCCAGGCAUCUCUCCUGGGCCCCUGCUGGAGCAUACACUGAACCUGGCCUCCAGCUCAGCUCUGCCCUGCCCUCAGGGGCCUGCAGUUGGGACAGAGAGGGCAAGCAGUUGUAUGAGUACCAUACCAACCAGCUAAGAGUGAACUAGUAAGUAAUGUACUUACUUAGGUGGGUCACCACUGCCAACAGGUCUUGACACAGUAUUAGGGUGAAAAAUGCUGCUUUGGCUUAAGCACUUGAUUAGUCAGAAUCAGGUCAGUUCUUACAAAGGUCGAGAGGGCAUACUCUGCUCUGGCUGAGAAGUAAGCAAUGAGCAACCUUCAUUCAUGUUACUAGCUGACCUCUGCUGUGAUCCACAUGACAUUUAAAAAAUUUCAAUAGUACUUUUUUUUGUUUGUUUUUGUUUUGUUUUGUUUUGUUUUUUAAAUACAAAGGAGAGAUUUUCAGUGGCACAUUUUGCUUUUGUUUGCAUUAAUAAUCAAGAAGAACCAGCUUUUUUUGCUUGUUGCCGGUAUAUUAUCAGCUUGCUCUGCAACAGCAUAAUUAACUAACUUGCAAGAAUAUCCAUGUUCAUCACAUAGCACAGACAGAAGACAGGCUGGAAAGAAAUA